GCCUGACCGCCGCUCGCGGCGGUAGCCAGUUGUUUCUUAUCAUGGUCAAAUUCAAGUCUAUAAUGCUGUCAACAUUUAUAUCAGUGUUUAUAAUGUUAACCAUUUUAGCGAGUAUAAGUGGAGAUUGGGUGUUUAAUAGCAUAUUAAAUCAUUCUGUUUCAUGUGACCACAACAAAACUCUAAACAGAGAUGUAUCCAGAGUCCAAGUAUACUUCUACGACUUCAAGAACAAUUAUAACAACAGCUACCCCAUUGACACUGCCGCAGAAGAGCUCACCAAAUCAUAUAAUCUAGACGUUACCAGGAAACUAGUCUUCUUCGUCCCUGGCUUCAAGUCAAACAUAACCAGAAAAACGGAAGAACUUAUCAGACAAACCUUCAAGGAUGUACAAGAUACCUAUCUUAUCAUUAUAGAUCAUUCUCCAUACACUUCUCUGGUCCACGGCAAAUCAGACAGCUAUGGCUACGGCAGAGCAGUAUCCCAUGUAUACUAUAUCGGGAAAGCACUAGGAAAAUUCUUAUCUGAUUUGAGAGCGAAAGGAUUUCCAUCUUCGAAAAUUCAUUGCGUUGGCCACAGUUUGGGAAGCCAGAUCUUGGGCAACGCUGGUUACGAAUUCAAUAUGCUGACCAAAGAGAAGGUUUGGAGAAUAACUGGGAUAGAUCCUGCCGGUCCUUGCUUCUCAAACAGUUUUAUCGAAGAGCAGAUCCGCUCAGGGCUUGCGGAAUACGUGGAGGUAUACCACUGUAAUGCCGGCGGAUUAGGAACAACGAGUGUCUUAGCUGACGCGGAUUUUUUCCUUAAUAAAGGGUAUAAGCAGCCUGAUUGCAACGAAGGACUUGUACCGGUGAAAGGAGACUCUGACCAAGCGAAAUGUAGUCACAAAGCUUGCGUCACGCUCUGGGCUAAGACGGUCCACCACCCUGGAGCGUAUUUGGCGUGGGCGUGCGAUUCAUAUAAGUCCUUCUCAAAAGGAAAGUGUGCUGGCAAUGAAGUUACUAUUGCUGGAUAUUCAAACCCUGGGAACGCUACUGGAGUGUUUUAUGCGUCUACUGGUGGAUAUGGAAUUUAAUAUGUUGUGGAAAACCAAUUUGUUGUUGUGGAAAAUAUAGCGUCUGUCUUUCAUAAGAUCACAUAUUCUUGUAAUUAGGUAGUACAUAUAGGCCUAAAUAAAUUAACUUGCAUAUGUUUUACUGGUGUUAAGGCUAAAUUAAAAACUUAUUUUAAUAUCGCUUCAUGACACUAAAACUUUGAUGUAUUAAACUGUAUAGGUGUGAAGGUUAGAUCUCUCCUUUUUCCACCGACAAAUUGCCUUCCCACAUUGUAAUAGUUGAUUUUUAAAAUAUCAUGAUUAGGUAGACUAGAAAUCUACUAGUUAGAGACUGAUUGUUGAUUUCGCUAUCAACUUGACAUUAAAUACUACCGUAAAA